AUGACAGCAUCCACCUCAGCCGCCGCUGCAGCGCAGGAACUUUCCUCCCUCCUGCCUCCCUCCCGAAUGGCACGCAACCUCGAACUUCAUCUCGCCGCAGAAGCCGGUGAUCUACUCCUCGUCAAAUCCCUCCUCUCCUCCUCCCCUUCACCCGAAGAAGACGACGAAGGAGGAGUGGAUGUAUGGUAUGAAGACCCUUCCUCCGCCAACUGGUCGGCCUUACAUUUCGCAGCAGAAGGUGGACAUUUGGAGGUGGUAAAAGUGUUACUCAGACAUGGAGCGAUAUGGAAUGCCGUCGACGCAAAUGGGUUUACUGCUGCCCAAGUUGCGUGGUCACGAAACUAUACAAAGGUUUACGAAGCCAUUUUUGAAGAGGGUGUUCGGCAAAUCUUUCUUCUCAACGCACUCCAAGGUCGAAAUGAUAGCGAAGAAGAGGCCGAGGAGGACAUCGAAGAAGAGAGUCCCACUGACGCAAAGAAACGUCGAACAGAAGGAAGAGCCAUCACCAGCGCAGACGGAAGGCAAAUCACCCUUAAACCUUGCUCACUCGAUGUCGCCAACGAUACAGCCAAAUACCUUUGCACUCCAUUACGAUUCCUCCCUGACUCCCUCGGACAAAUAAGGUGCUUGGAUGAGGACAACAACAUGGUCAUGGCGCCAUGGGAAACCGACAUUAUGAAACUCUCCACCUCCCUUCUCCUCUCCCCACCGCCAAUCCCAGCAGAUCAAACCUCUCUAUCCGUCCUCAACGUAGGUUUUGGCCUCGGAAUCAUCGACUCUAUUAUCCAAAGCUACAACCCUACCCGACACGUCAUCAUUGAAGCUCACCCUGACGCCAUCGCUCACGCCAAAUCCCUCGGCUUCGACAAAAAACCCGGAGUGGAAAUCUUUCAAGGUAGAUGGGAGGAUUUCAUCCGAGACUCGGACUCGGAACAAGAUAUCGCUCGGAUGACGGCCCUAGGCACAUUCGAUGCGAUCUACUGGGACACCUACUCGCAAGACUAUUCUGAUAUCAAACGCUUUUUCGAAUCGCUCCCAAACUUACUCAAUGGUCCAGAGAGUAGGUUUAGCUUCUUCCACGGACUCGGUGGCACGAAUCAAUUCUUCUACGAUGUCUACACGAGAAUAAGCGAGUCAGAUCUAAGAGAGAUCGGCUUGACUACCAAUUGGCAGCUCAUCGAACCGGAGAUCAAAGAGGAGCAAUGGGAACAGGUAAAGCAAAAGUAUUGGACUCUCGACCGCUACUAUUGUCCUCUAGCCAGGUUGGAUCCAGAGUUGAUGUAG